AUGGUUGAAAACCAAUCAACGAAUUGUAAAUUUGAUCAAAAUGUUUGGCAAGAAUUACGACGAACAAUGGAAUGCUUAUCAGAUCAGCCAUUUCAUAUCAUAUUUAUCAAAGGAAAUGUAAAUGAUGAUUAUUCGUAUCCACAAAGUGAAGUUACACAAUCUGAAAAUACCACUCAACCUGAUGUGAUGUCUUCGUCUAAUCUGAAAACAGCCAGUGAUGGUGGAAAUAUGAGUGAAAUGGAAAAAAUGAUAGAACCAUCGGUGAAAUUCCCAUUAUGUAAUCGAACGAAACAAUUGCAAAGUAAUAAUAUUGCACAACUUAAUAAUAUCUUUAACACCGAUACAAGAAAGACAAUUGAAUUGUCAUCACAUUGUAAGGAAAUAAUUCACAGAGAGCUUACUUUUUGGCACGAUCGUAUACAAUUUGAAAUGAAACAGACAGAUGCAAUAAUGGCAAAUUUAUGUGCAAGAAUGGACCGAAUAAAAAAACUUAACAAAGAGCUUCGUGAUCUUUUAAUGUAUUUUAAAGAUGACACUGAUAGUUCGAUGACAUCAUCAACAUGCUAG